CUCUCCCUCAACGCAAGUUUGAGGUAAACCGGAGCAGAGUGAGACAUCUGUCUAACUUAGGAUCUUUGCGGCGCAGCGCUCCGCCCCCUCAGUUCCGCCCGGAAGGGAAAUGACGCAGGCGCAGAAAAUGGCGUCGCUGGAGCCCGAGUGCUGCUGGGGUUUGUUAGCCGUUUAAUUCAGAGCCGAGUGCGGGCGCGCUCUUCGUCUGGCCGCCGGACGAUCACUGACAUGGCACAGCGCCGCUGCCGCCCGCUUUCCUGAUCCCGGCAUCGAACCCGCAGCUUCAUGUCCGCAGGAGCCAGAGCUGCCUGGUCGAAGAGGGGCUGUGGGGAUUCGCACCGCCGAGAACCAGGGAAACAUAAACACAGGAAAUGCGAGCGGCCCCUUAGCUCUCAGCCAUCAAAGCCUGUGAUUGUUCGCCCGGGCUCCAAAAGGUGUGUUAUGUCGGGGGCGGAUGUGGAGGUGUACCUGUCCCAGGUGCACGAUGGGAGCGUGUCGUCCGGCUUCCGGGCGCUGUACGAGGAGCGUUUGCUGCUGGACGUCACGCUGUUGAUAGAGGAGCAUCACUUCCAGGCCCACAAGGCGCUUCUGGCCACACAGAGCGACUAUUUCCGGGUGAUGUUCACAGCAGACAUGAGGGAGAGGGACCAGGACAAGAUCCACAUGAAGGGGCUGACGGCCGCUGGGUUCGGCCACAUCCUCCGAUUCAUGUAUUACGGCUCGCUGGAGCUCAGCAUGCCCACUGUCCAAGAAAUCCUGCAGGCGGCCAUGUACGUCCAGCUGACGGAGGCGGUGGAGUUCUGCUGCUCCUUCCUGUUGGCCAAGAUCUGUCUGGAGAACUGUGCCGAGGUCAUGCGGCUUCUGGAGGACUUCAGCGUAGGCGUGGAGGGCGUCCAGGAGCAGCUAGACAACUUCCUACUUGACAACUUUGUCCCCCUCAUGAGCCGACCCGACUUCCUGUCCUACCUCAGCCUCGAGAGACUGCAGGCGUACCUGAACAGCGACGCUCUGAGCCGCUUCCCAGAAAUCGAGCUGUACGAAGCGGUUCAGGCGUGGCUGCGACACGACCGGCGGCGCUGGAGGCACACGGACACCAUCGUGCAGUCCAUCCGCUUCUGUCUCAUGACGCCUGCCAACAUCUUUGAGAAGGUGAAGACGUCAGAGUUUUACCGUUACUCCCGACAGCUGAGGCAGGAGGUGGACCAGGCGCUCAGCUACUUCCAUGAUGUCAACCAGCAACCUCUGGUGGAGACGCGCUCCAACCGCAUCCGCUCCGUCCGCCCGCAGACCGCCGUCUUCAGGGGGAUGAUCGGCCACAGUAUGGUCAACAGCAAGAUUUUGCUGCUGCAACGCCCAAAGGUGUGGUGGGAGCUCGAGGGACCUCAGGUGCCGUUACGACCGGACUGCCUGGCUAUCGUCAACAACUUUGCCUUCCUGUUGGGCGGAGAGGAGUUGGGGCCCGACGGAGAGUUUCACGCUUCCUCCAAAGUCUAUCGCUACGACCCUCGACAGAACUCCUGGCUACGCAUGGCGGACAUGUCUGUGCCCAGGUCAGAGUUUGCCGUUGGCGUCAUUGGAAAGUUUAUUUAUGCUGUGGCGGGCCGCACACGAGACGAGACCUUCUACUCCACAGAGCGCUACGACAUCACAGAGGACCGCUGGGAGUUUGUGGACCCGUACCCUGUGAACAAGUACGGUCACGAGGGAACGGUUCUGAACGGGAAACUGUACAUCACUGGAGGAAUCACCUCCUCCUCCACCUCCAAACAGGUGUGUGUGUUCGAUCCAGGGCGGGAAGCAGGGGGUGGGGGAGGAGGAGGAGGCAGCUCGGGGGGCUCGGACGCACACAGGACACGCACUGGCCGAGGCCCGCUGCUGCCCGGCACUCAGGCCAGCUGCUGGGAGAACAAAUCCAAAAUGAACUACGCCCGUUGCUUCCACAAGAUGAUCUCUCACAACGGGAAGCUGUACGUGUUUGGUGGGGUGUGCGUGAUCCUGCGGGCUUCCUUCGAGUCGCAGGGCUGCCCGUCCACCGAGGUGUACGACCCAGACACCGACGAGUGGACCAUCCUCGCCUCCAUGCCCAUAGGGCGCAGCGGCCACGGGGUGGCGGUAUUGGACAGGCAGAUCAUGGUCCUUGGUGGCCUGUGUUACAACGGCCACUACAGUGACUCCAUCCUCACCUUCGACCCUGACGAAAACAAGUGGAAGGAGGAUGAGUAUCCCAGGAUGCCUUGCAAACUGGACGGUCUGCAGGUGUGCAGUCUGCAUUUCCCAGAGUAUGUGCUCGAGCACGUCAGACGCUGCAGCUGAGGUCUGCUCCACAAUAAGCCUCCUUUUAUAGAAACGAGAUGCACUGAUCGACGACUGCAGUCUCCCGCUGGGAGGUCGGGUUUUUACAGGCGGGAGACUCAACUGACGUGCAGGCUUUUAAACUAGAGAUCAGCACUUACCCGGGGUAAGGAGCAGGUUGACUCCUCUUAAUGAAGGCAGUUGACGCUUGGCGUGGUGAGACGCCACAACAGUCAGCUGGAACAUUUUCAGAAUUAGCUUUCUCAGAAAAUUAAGGAAAACUAAUCGUGGGGAGAAAAAAAUGUUUCAUUCUGCUGGUUUAUGUUUGGACUGUGGUCAGUUUCCUGUUCUACUGCUCACCGACUGUAUCUAGGCUGUCGUGUCAGGCUCACUGCAGAAACGCACUGGAAGCGUCAGAAUCACUCAUUCACCAAGCAAACGUGAGUUUUCAUUUUAGUUUAUCAGCCAAACAAACCUGCUUCCAUCAACCGAUUCAAACUCAGACAUACAUCCUGUAUCUCUUUAAUCAAUUACGUCGCUAGUUAGCGAAAGCAAAGCACUGAUCGCGGCUAUUUCUAUCAAACAAUGUUGAAAUAAUAUAUAUAACAGCAUACAAUGAGGUAUAUAAACUAACUACAACACUAUAUGCGGUAGUGUAGUUCCUUUUAGAGCCUGUUUCCAGAUAUAUGAAGCAGACUGUUGAGUUCCAGAUGCUGCCGAUGCUUCGCCACCAGCUGUACAAGUUCAGGUAAAUUCAGGUUUCGCUUCCAGUGCGUUCCAGCUUUUCAGCCCAAACUCUGCUCGUUACUUCCAGAUAUCCACGAUACUGUGCUCAUGUUCACACAACGUCUUUUCGCGCCCCCUCUCCUUCCUCUGUCUCGUCGUUUUCAGAGCAUUUGUGUGUGGAUGAGAGAGUGAGCUGAAAAAACCCAAAGCCACGUGGUACGCGAGGCCUCGUUCUUCAUUGGGUGAUGAUGGUGUCGCACUAGAACAGUGGAAGGGGCUCGUCUACCUGCUUCGAAAAGAUGGAUCUCUGUCUCAGAGCAGUCCGGUAUCCGUCGAAUCACCGGCAGAGCUUUACUUCCGGUCAUCUACAUUCCCUGCACUCACCCGGUUGGUUUGUGUGUCGAUGCACAGCGAACCGUCCUCGCAGCCCGAGUGUCACAGGACGCUGUGACGCUGGAGACGUUCAGCAGCAUCUGAAAUUAACUUUCUGGCUGACGUGUCUCUUCGGGAACUGAAAGUGUGUCCAUCAUAAAAUAUGCAGCUAGGUAAAAUAUUUGAGAAACUUCAGGCCUCAUGGAAGAACAUUUUGAUCAUAAACUAAAUGUUUGACCAACAGUCUGAAACCUAAAGACUUAAAUUUUCUGAUGACAUGACAAAGAACAGCAGAGUCUUGACUUUGACUUGAAGUGAACCGCCUUAAGUAGGUGACGUUACUCUGUGGAUGAUACUGGACGUAAAUCUGCGUAUCCAACAGCUUCUGGAAGUUUAAUCCAAGAAAUAAAGUUUGAUUUCCUUUUAGCUGUGGAGAAACUGCCUGUACAUGACAAGAAAAUUCUCCUCAGAACAAAGUAAGAACAAACGGUUCAUACGAGUCGUUCCUGCCUGAGGCCUGUCAUUUAUUUACCUGGAAACCUGGUCGAUACGUUUCAAGCUCUGUGGGUUUGAAUUCAACAACCACCACAACUCAGACCGUUAAUCACAUCUGCUAUUUCAGAACAAAAUACCCGCCAGCGGUUUCAGAGGAUCUUUUUCCACCAAAGCUUUUACCACCGUUCGGCCGUCAGCUGUUAAUUUCAGACACUGAAAUAAGGCCUUCAGUUCAAGUCACAUCAGAUGCAAAGAUCUUGUCGUCAAAGCUUUCACGUCCACGCAGCGCAGCGCCUUGAUCUCGCAGCAGAAGCCUGCUCCAUGAGCAACUCCACGUCUCGGACCUGGGCCUUUUAUGGAUAUUUAUUUUUAUUUUCAUGAGCCAACUGUGAAAAGGGCUAGAGCACAUGCUGAUGCAGCUCCGUCUGUCAGCCGCCUAUUUAUUUAUUUUCUAAGGUAUUGCUUUUCACCGAGCUAUGCAGUAACAGUAGUAGGUUUAUUUAUUAUUAUGAGAAUUUCAUUGUGAAUCGUGUUGUUUUCAAAUCGUACCUCGUGCUCUCUCCUCGUUUCAUCGUCUGUCUGUGGCUGACGAGUGGAAGCUGUGAGAGACGUCUUUCCUCCAUUGUGAACUGACCACAUCAGAAAUGUUCAGAAACCUAAUUAGGACACUACCGACUUCAGCAACUUUACCUUUUCCUGUAUGCAAAAAGUUACAUUCACAGGUUUUCAUCAUCUGUGAAACACCGACUUGUGUGUCGGUGGCAUGUUUUUCGAGGGAUCAGACUUCAGUAUCCUCCUGCUAUGAAAACACUCAUCUAUAAGUUCAUGAAUCUUUGUUCACACACAAACCUCGAGUCCUGAGCCGCUGCUGCUUUACAGUGUUGAUGCGAUGCUGCCUGGGUUCCUUGUCUUUUCCCCUGUGACGCCGCCUCAGCAGCGACACGUUGACACACGGCACUUCUCAUGUUUACGUUUUGGUGACUUGGGGGGGGAAAAAUACUUGAAAGGAAAAAAAGGUUUUGAGAAAUGCAGUUAACACAGUGCGGCUGCAGUGAAGGAUUUGAUUGUUGAAUCUGUAACCAGAAUCACUGCACUGUGGUUUAAUUCCUUCGUCCCUCCGGGUGCUCUGAAUGUGUUGCAUUCACAAUAAGAUGAGGUCUCUGUGACGUUUGUCCACAUUUUGACAACUGAUCAAACUGUGAAGGAAGUCGGACCUGAGAUCAUGUUCAAGAGGCGAGACACGUUUUGUGAGGUCACCGUGACCUUGACCUUUGACCUCCCAAAUUCCAAUCAGUUCACCUGUGUUUCUAAGUGAACGUUUAUAAGACAUUUGAAGAGAUUCCCUUAAAACAUUUGUGAGACGUCAUGUUCACAAUAAUGGGACAGAGAGACGGACAACCUGAAAACGUCCCACUGGCGUUGAGACAUUUCCUCGAGCCAAAGGCGACAGUUUCAAAUGUUGAGUUGAACAAAAUCUAAAUAUCUGUCAUUUACAAAAGCAGCGAAUCCUCACAUUUGACAAUUUAGAUCCAGCUAAUUUUAUUUAUUACUUGAAAAUGUCCGAAACAACUACUGGAUGAAACGUUCUCAUGGUUGCGUCCUCUGAACUGCACCGACUUGUCGUAUUGGAAACAUUUUUCCAUUUUAACUUAAUCAGCUGGUAAAAUAUCAAAGUAAAAGGGAAAUGAGAGAUUUUUGCCAUUGUACUACAUUUUCCACAACUUUCAAACAUUUUAAUAUACUUUAAAAUCCAGUCUCAAGUUGUUCUUCCCUCUUUUCACAUCUUUGCACUUUUUUUUACCUUUAGAAUAACUACAGGGGGAAUCACACGUUGAACGUACCCGUGCUCACACUGUCAGCGGCAGGUCUGGUUUAGGAAAUGAGCCUUUUAAAACGCCACGGCCUGUUUUCUCAUGUGUCACUGUAUCUGCUGUCAUAACCAUGAGCAUCACUCUACAAUCCGCUCCUCCUCCUCCUCCUCCUCCUCAUCGUCGCUGUGUGAAGAAGAAACAUGUAACCGUUAAAGUUCUGCUGUCCUGAGUUGAGGCACAUUCAGUCCUAGCGCAGCAUUCUUUAGUUCACCAGUCUUCAGUCCGUCAGUAGGAAAACAGAAUAGAGGAAUUUAAAAAAACACAUACCUUGCUACAAUGACUGUAUCCGAAAAAGAAAGUAAAAUCAGAUUAACAUAUCUUAUAAUCUGAGUAGAAACUCUUUGGAAACGAUUUGUAACUUUCCAGAAAUAAAUGUUCAUAUUGGUCAACUUUCA